CUUGUGUUAUCGCGAAUAUAUAUAUUGGAAUGUACAAGACGACCUGGUUUUUUAUCACUUCGUAUUGAGGGGUGUUUACUGUCUGCCCCACUGAACUCGUUUUUAAUAGCACGUCCUUUUGAAAGGAAAGUCAUCCCCAACCGAGACAGUUUCGAAGUCGGCUGCUUUUCAUGCACUUUCAAAUUCGCAAUUGGCAUUCUUACGUUCUUUAGGAGGGAAGUAAACUAUUUCGGUCGGAUCGCUUGUUUUUACCACAUCUGUGUGUAGCUGGACGUAAAACGAUGGCUCAGCCAAACGCGAAUAUAGACAUCGAGAAGUAUGAAAAAGUAAAGGAUCUUGGAAAGGGGCAGUUUGGAGAAGUCCUUCUUUAUCAACUGAAGCAAGGGGUCGAUAACGGGAUCAGCCAUAUGGCGGUAAAACAGGCGGUGUGUCCAGAUGCAACGAUCACAGCUAGUAUCUGCAGGGAAGUGGAUAUCCUGUGCCAACUGACGCAUCCUAAUAUUGUUCAGUAUCUGGGUCACCAUGUCAAUGGCUCAUUCAUCCAAAUCAUGUUGCAAUACAUGUCUGGGGGGUCCGUAGACUAUCUUCUGGACAAAACAGCCGCACCAUUUUCAGAGGAAAGGACAAAGCGUUAUACAAGAGACGUCAUGGAAGGACUCCGCUAUCUCCAUGGAUUGAAGAUAAUCCACCGAGAUAUCAAAGGUGGCAACAUUCUGUUAGAUGGCGUAGACAGUGCAAAGUUGGCUGAUUUCGGUCUCUCUAAGAUAAUGGAAACUAGCAAAUCAGCUCAUACUUAUGCUGGAACCCCCCUUUUUAUGUCGCCCGAAAUGAUUUUAACCAGUUUGGAAGACUCUGGACAUGGGUUAAAAACAGAUAUAUGGAGCACUGGCUGUGUUGUUGUCCAGAUGCUAUCUUCAGAUCCACCAUGGAAGGCUAAAUGUUUGGCUGGCAUAUCAAGGUUCAUUCUGAUGAGGGACAUUGCACAGUGCGAGCGUCCCGAUUAUACCCUGCCAGACGGUGUCUCCCAGAUAGCCAGAGAUUUCCUCAACCAUUGUUUUGUCAAAGAACCAAAGGAUCGCCCAUCAGCUGAUGACCUCUUACGCCAUGCGUUUCUUGCCUAAAUCACCCAACGCGUCUCCUUUGUUAGAACAAGCUCUUGUUUAUACGGGGGGGGGGGCAAAGGUUUUGUGUAAAAGCUGAACCAGAAGCUCUGACCAUCGCAUUUGUAUACGUCUUCAUCAUAAGAAAGAAUAUUAACGAAAAUGAUACUGCCGUCACGUGCGAAACAGUGCCAAAUAGUAUUCAUUAUCCAAUGAAUAGGAAAAUUGAUUGUUAUGGCCCCGUGGAAAUGGCUUAAACUAGCAGAAGCCGUAAAAGUGAUUUUGUCUCCGGUCACAUUUGGUCUCCAUCCACAGUAUUAUGGUUUCUGAUAGAAAUUAAUAGUAAGUGAGAUGAUUGUGUCUUGCGUUUUGUUUGGAAAUGUGCCUGGCUGGGGUUAAACCCUUUGUUCAGGGAAACCUAAAAGCAGAAUUUAUGUUGGGUACGUUUCGGACAUUUUAUCCAAUCAAAUGUGUCAAAUUCAGCAUCCCGAUCUGAUAAGCUUCUUUUUCGACCAUAACUUAAUGGCAAAAUCUUUGACUUAACCCCCCCUCCCCAAAUGAGCGUCUCUUGCGGCGGAGCUCUUCGCCGAGUUUAUUUCGACGUCACGGCAUAGAAUUAUAUAACAACAUUAAGCUAGUCAGACUUUGUUUCCCCACAACGGGAUUCCCUUACACCGAUCUGGAAAGCGGCGGUCGCCUCUCCGCAAUAAAAAAGAUCGUUGCGGUUUUAUAUUUGAAAUCAACAGUAACACGAUUAAGAUAAUUUGAAAUUUCCACCUGAUUGACAUCGAAGAGUAUAGCUAGCGUUCUCAUCGGUGUAAGAUUUAUUGGCUCAUUUGGGGAGAGACUUAAGUUUGAAUCGAGGGGGAUGCUUCUGAUGAUUACAUCUUAUGAAAAUAAAAUGAUACUUAUUGAAAUGGGCAGAAGCAUAUAUCAUUAUGUAUGGAGAUGUUUCUCUUAGUAUAAAUUGGGUUUUACUUAUAUGUCUAGAAUGUGUACUGUACAUGUAGAUGUGCUAUAAACUAUCAUAAUCAAGAAAAAGAGCAAACUGAUGGGUUGUCGCGAAUACAGUAGGAACCAUUAGAAUCAGUGCACUAUUAGUAAGCGGUAGAGUUCUCUAUUUAGCAAAGUUCCCUGCUACAUACAUGUAUAUCUAACAACAGAGGGUCGCUUUAUAAAUAUAUUAUCAUUAGCUUGCGCAGCUUCUCGGUCUUGUCAUGGCGCCAAAUUCUGGCUUUUGUAAUCCAUCCACGAAUUAUGACACGAUGGGCCUUUGUCAUUAGCUGUUCGUUCAACACGAGGAUAUUCAAUUGCAAUUAAACUCCAUCGCACUUCAAGCGAGACCAAGUAACAUAGGAUGCCGGAUGCUUUAUAGUCGAUAGUAAAUGCGGAGGAGAUUCAAUUAAUGUCUUGAAAUGUAACCGUAACUUUCCACGGCAUCCCGUUCUUUCCAUCGAAAUGACUUCUUUCUCGUCGUUUACAUUUAUUAUAGUCUUGACAAUUAUUGCUCGAAAACACACACUACAAAUCAUUGUAGCAAAUGCAAUGUUCAUUUCGCUAUUUAUCACGUAAUCUUGGCUAUUACUGCAGGCUAUAUGCAGUUGAUAAGAUCUGUAGACUUUCUCUUCAAGGCGAAAGAAAAAAACUUGGAUGAAAUCUUUAUAGAAUGAAAUGGCAAGGGAAGGUUAAACAUCCGCGGGAGAAGUCUUCGAUGAAAAUCAGUCGCUGUUACUAUAAAGUUGCUUGACCUGUUUAUAUAACAUAAUGAAGACUUACAGUGUUACAGUAUUCAAUGCUUCCAAAUGUCAUUUGUUGUACUUUCAAUCGGGUGGCCGGGAUUGGCGCGCUAAUCCUCCAUCCAUUGUAUUCCAAGGCUCACUCAUUGUGGCCGAGGAUUCUGCGCUUCACCUGGGUCACCUGAUUGGAGUUACAGCCAGAUUUUAAUCGGAGAGUUAAUGUUCUUAUGUCCAGAUUUCACUAUUGUAAUAUUGAUACAAGGCUUCGUUUAUUCCAAAGUUACUGUAUGUCACUCUACGGAACUUCACUGUGGGAUUUAAGCAACGGGCAAGCAAAUGGGCUUUACACCGCUUGGAGAAAGGCUGCAAGGAGACUGCUGGGUUUGCAUCCUUGGACUCAUGGCAAUCUCUUACCUCUCAUUAUGGACUCCUCACCUAUAGACAUCACUCUAAAAAAACGCUUUGUCAGUUACUACAGUAGGGUCAUGAACCAUUCAAACAUUCUUAUCAAACUCUCAGGAAACCUCGCGCUCAGAGGCAGCGGUUCUUCAGUUUCAAAUAAUAUUACCUUUUUAUCUCAAGCUCUCAAUAUACCCAGGGACACACUUCAUCUCAAUCCUUGUGCCAUUCAUAAUAUAUACAUGCCUGACGAAGACCUUCGUCGGCGGGCGCGUGCCAUACGUGAGUUCGCCGAGUACAGGGAUGCUAACCCAGCAGAAAGAGAACAAGUCAAUAAUAUACUUCACUUCUUGUGUUUAUUAUAAUAUCAUUAUUUCUCACCUGAUUUCUCCUGUGUGCGGUAUAGGUUUUUAUGUUGUGUGUUUUGUUGUUUUUUGUUUGCACCAUUCUUUGCUUAUGUUCACACCAAUUAUAAUUGUCCUGUGUAUUUAUCUGUGACAUGUCACGAAUAAAGUAUCUAUAACAUAAUGAAGCA